CACGGUGGUAGUACAGGCAAAGACAUGAACUGGAAUUCAGAAUUUUGUGAAGGAACUCACAGGAAGCCAUGAGCAAAAAGGUGGCUGGAACAAAGGACGGGUGACUUUCGUAUGGGAUAAAGAGAUAACAUACAGCACAGCAAAGCCAUCAACACGGCAGCAUCAAAUUCCUUUCUACAGCAGCAGAGAUUAUCAUUGGAUGACUGUCAGAAACUUCAUAUUUUGGCCAGGCAUUGAAGAGGCAGAUUCUUGAGCCAUGGGAGACAGCUACAGAAAGGAACAAGGUCUGUAUUUUUUGCUUUUCCUUUGUCUUCCUGGAGCACUGAGUAUAUCACUUCACUAUUCUGUGCCUGAAGAAAAGAAAAGGGGGUCUUUGGUGGCUAAUGUGCUGGAGGAUUUGAAACUGGGAACAGGGGAGCUCUCUGCUCGCAGAGCCCAGCUAGUUUCUAAGAACACUAAGCAAUAUUUUCAUCUUGAUACCAAGACUGGGAAUUUGUUGAUAAAUGAUAAAAUAGACCGAGAAACAUUAUGUGGCCAGACUGAUCCUUGCUUAUUACACACUGAAAUUGUGUUGCAAGACCCCUUAAAGAUCUUCAGUAUUGAAAUCAAGAUAGAAGAUGUGAAUGAUAAUGUCCCCAAAUUCUCUAAGAAGGCAUUUGAUCUGGAAAUUCCAGAAAAUUUCUCUCCAAAUACACAUUUCCCCUUGGAAUCUGCCCGAGAUGAGGACCUGGGGAUAAAUAACAUCCAAAACUACACUCUCAGUCCGAAUGAACAUUUCCGGCUUGAUGUUAAAAGUGAAGAGGAUGGAAACAAGUAUGUGGAUCUUGUUCUGGAGAAGCCACUGGACAGGGAGAAGGACUCACACUUUAGACUGACUCUCACAGCUGUGAAUGGAGGGGAACCACAGAGAACAGGGACAGUUCAAAUAAAUAUUGAUGUUCUUGACAUCAAUGACAAUUCCCCACAGUUUACUCAUUCUGAAUAUAAAGUAAGGUUAAAGGAAAACAGCCCACAGGGAACUUUGGUCUUCAAAUUAGAAGCUACGGAUUUGGAUUUUGGUUCAAAUGCACAGAUCAUCUACUCAUUCUACAGAGUGCCUGAAGAAAUAUAUGAUCUGUUCCACCUAAAUGAAAACACUGGGGAAAUGACUCUUUCUGGUCAGCUUGAUUAUGAAAAAGAAACUAGCUAUGGCAUGAGCAUCAGAGCAACAGAUGGAGGGGGUCUUUUGGGACACUGCAAGGUCCUGGUAGAUGUUGAAGAUGUGAAUGACAAUGUCCCUGAAGUGUCCAUCAUAUCCAUCACUAGUCCUUUGGCAGAAGAUUCUCCCCUGGAGACACUUGUGGCUCUCUUCAGUGUCGCUGACCGAGACUCUGGAGACAAUGGCAGAACUGUGUGCUCUGUUGAAGUAAACCUUCCUUUUAUUUUAAAACUCACUAUGAAUAACUAUUACCAGCUUGUGGUCCAAAGUCACUUGGACAGAGAGAAGGUCUCAGAGUAUAAUAUCACCAUCACAGCCGUUGACCAAGGCUCCCCCAGGCUCACUUCAACAAGAGUUAUUAACGUUCAGAUCUCAGAUGUCAAUGACAAUCCUCCAGUAUUUGAAAAGUCUUCAUGUGAAAUGCAGAUACGGGAAAACAAUAUUCCAGGACUGCUCAUUGGCUCAGUCCGUGCUGCUGAUCUGGACACUGAGAAGAAUGCCAAGGUCACCUACUCUCUUUUGCCUGGGAAGGUCACUGAUGGCCUUGUGGCCUCUUACAUCUCAGUCAACUCUGAAAGUGGAAAUCUGUAUGCCCUCCGAUCCCUGGAUUACGAGCAGAUCAAAGACUUCAAAGUGACGGUGAGGGCUACAGAUGGAGGAUCUCCUCCCCUCAGCUCAGAGGUUACUGUCCGAGUCAUUGUCAUAGACGAAAACGACAACGCUCCCUUCUUCCUCUACCCUCUUCAGAACAGCACAUCCCCCUGCAAUGAGCUGGUCCCCAAGUUGGUGGAGGCCGGCUACCUGGUCACCAAGGUGGUGGCUGUGGAUGGAGAUUCUGGCCAGAACUCGUGGCUUUCCUAUGAGCUGCUGAAGGCCACAGACCCUGGUCUUUUCAGCCUAGGAGCCCAGAAUGGGGAAGUGAGAACCAGGAGAGCCCUGAGCGAGCGAGACACCAGCAAGCAGAGACUCCUGAUAGUGGUCAGGGACAACGGGCUCCCUCCCCAGAGCAGCACUGCCAUGCUCCAUGUCCUUCCCGUAGGUGGCUUUUCGGAUCCUUAUAUGAAGGCUGUGGAGGUCAGUAAAGAGGAACACGAAGAAGAUGGGACCUUGACCUUGUAUUUGGUGAUCUGCCUGGCUGCAGUCUCCUUUGUGUUCCUCGUUUGCAUUGUUUCCUUUGCUGCCAUCAAGAUCUGCAGGAGGGAUCCCAGGGAAAGUUUUAUCGCUGCCCCUCCUCACUUCCCACCUGCCAGACCCGACAUCCCAGAGAACUGUGGCGAUUCUCAGAGCGGGUCUCUUUCCAGGAGUUACCACUACGAUGUGUGCUUAACCGGUGGGUCCUUGAGCAGCGAGUUCAGGUUCCUCAGGCCCCUCAUUCCUGUUUUUUCUGUGGGGGACCCAAACCUCAAUGUGAACCAGACCACUCCUUCUGCUUCCCAAGAUAUUCCUAAUCUGGUGGAAGAAAAAGAAUCAGAGAAAAAGGUGAGGGAUUAUGCCAGUGAGUUAACUUGUGAUUAAUAAUGCCUUUUGCUUGGUUAUUAAUAACAUCAGAUGUUCUUCUUCUGUUGUACUUUGUUGAUAAUGUAUACAGUGACUAGAGAGACAGGGCUUCAGUUUUUAAUUUUAUUUCAAAUCCAUGUCAGAAUUGUUUCCCUCUUACUCUACAUCCUAUUCUUCUUCUGUUCCUUUGUUACCUUAUUGUUGAGUCUUCUCUGUAUUAAACAUAGCUCAAAAUGCUAUGUACUAAUCACAGUUGCUGCAUAUACAGCUGUGUGUACUAGAAUAUACCCCUAAGGUGUCUAAGACAGCUUACAUGCACACAGGGGCCCUUUAUGAGACGGACUUCCUGGUUAUAUAAAUUGUUUAUAAGGACUCUUGGUAGUUGCACCCCAUUUGCGGAGCGGCCUCCCAAGGGAGGCUUGCCCAGAACCAUCUUCAUGGCCUUUUUGGUGCUGGAUUAAGAGCUUUUUAUUGACCCAGACUUUUAAAACAGUUUUCAUUUCAAACAAACUCAAUCUGGACUCCCAUUGUGUUCUGUUUUGCCAUUUGAACUGCUAAUAUGUUAAGGGUUAGUUGGCUGAGUCACAUGGUGUCAUUAUAAUAAUUAAUUGGGGCAGUGGGGUGACAAUAAGAAUUAGCAGAGUGAACUGCCUUGUACUAAUGCAGACCAGUGGUGCUCUAUCGCAGUAUUGUCUACACUGACUGGCAGCUGCUCCCCAGGAUUUCGGACAGGGCUCUCUGCCGACCUACCUAAGGAUGCAAGGGAUUGAACCUGGGACUAACUGCAAAGCUGAUGGUCAACCAGUGAGCCAUGGCUCUCUGAUGCAAGGAGCAGGUCCUACAGUGUUUAGCUGGAAAAUGGCCUUACAGAAACUUGGAAGUGUAGGAAAUAUAUGUCUGAGGAAAGUCUAUGCUAAAUUUGGGAUAGAAAGGAUAAGAAAUGGCUCAUAUUUAAGAUAUUAGUUCUUUGACAAGGAACUUGAAUGACGUGUUGACAGGUGCAGUGUGUUUUUCUUCCAUAGACUUUGGUGGGACCCACACCCCCCAGAAUAUUUCUAUGUUUGUACUGUAUUGUGCUUAAUAGCAGAGUAACAUAUUUGUAGUUGUUAUUAAAAUGCAUUGUUAUGGCCAAUGCUAGUCAAUGGGAUUUCAUAAGUGUGUCUCCCACACAUGCUCAGUUUGUGCCUGCUGUGAGAAAAAGUUAAGCAUGUGCAUCUGUUAGGAGCAAAAAUGAAUGGGGACCAAAGGAGAUGAGAAAGAUUUAUAGGUAAGGGUCAUAGCUAUGGCACUUUGGUUAAGGGUGAUUUUGCUGAAUCACCUUCCACCAUUAUGAUGAGAAAUGGGUGUGGGCAAUAAGUUCCAUGACUCAUCGUUUGGAAAUGGUUCAGGGAAUUGGCUGGAAACCUGGCAGUGCGUUUUAUUUUCCAUUUUGCGUUUAUACAAGGGAAUGAUCUCCAGAAAUGGUGGAACAAGCAACAGAGAAAAUGGAAAAAGAGAAAUAGGAGCCACAGCCAGGAGCGUGGAAGAUGAAGCCAGAGAAUGAAUUUUGCAUGGGGAAGGGGAGUGAGGUUUUGUUGGGGGCACUAAACCGCUUUACUAAUCAUUGCAGCAUUUUGUUACGGGCUCCUACUUGUAUGAACAUGGAACCCAAUUCAAUUAGUAAAAGUGACUUUCACUCUCGAAAGUAUACAUUGUGACUGGGAAUUCUACUUCAUUCCAAGCUUCUCUUUACCUCUUAAACUGAAAUAUUAAUAUUAAUAAUAAUAUUUAUGCCCCACCAUCCCUCUGGGUUUCCCAAGACACUCUGGGCGGCUUACAGAAUAUAUUAAAACGUAAUAAAACAUCAAACAUUAAAAACUUCCCGAAACAGGGCUGCUUUCAGAUGUCUUCUAAAAGCUGUGUGGUUCUUUAUCUCCUUGACAUCUGAAGGGAGGGCAUUACACAGGCAGUCUGCCACUGCCAAGAAGGCCCUCUGCCUGGUUCCCCGUAACUUCAAUUCUCGCAGUGAGGGAACCAGCAGAAGACCCUCAGAGGAGGACCUGAUUCUCAGGAGAACUCUGCAGAUUCUGGUGCUGGAUCUCUAUCCCAGGCUUACAACUAUGAGGUGU